CUCGUAUGGUGAAAAUUGGCUUUACAUGUUGAAACUACAUGAAUCUAUUGGCGAAAAUAGGGUUAAAUUUGCAGCAGCAAUUCAAGAGAUAUCUGAAGAAAUAACGGCGCUUUAUAAAGAAACAGAUAAAAGUAGAAAAAAUCUUAAAGAUUCGGGUCAAAAACAUGAAAGAACAAUUCAAGAUGCAGAACAAGCAUUGGAAAAGGCUAAAAACAAAUAUGAGACACAUAGUGAAGACUGGGAGCGCUCAAUUUUAAUAAAAAAUGGUGAAGCAAUGGAAGAAGAUGCGAGGAAUAAAGCAGCAACUGCCAAUGAUACUUAUAAACAUCAUUUAUCAAUUACAAAUGCGGCUCGACACGAAUAUUUUGAUAUACAUUUACCUCGCAUGGUUACGGCACUCAAAGAUAUUUCCGACGAAUGUGAUAUAGGCCUACAAUAUCAUUUAGCUCGUUAUACCUACCUUUUUGAGAAUACCAUGGUAAGCGACGCAUUGGUUAUAAGUCCCGUCAAUACCGAAGAUGGUCCUUCUAUGCGAAAGAUCGUUGAACAGAUCAAUAACGAAGAAGACUAUUACUCAUAUGUACAAACAUGUAGUGCAAAAGCGAGAAAAACGAAACACCAUGAUAUCCCAUACGAUCAAUAUAAUAUGUCUGAGCAAGCAAUUAAUAUAAUAAAUCCAAAAAAUAUUUUUGGAGUUGACUUGGCUGAACAAAUGCGAAGAGAUAACCAUGAAGUUCCUUUGAUUUUAAUUAAGUGCGCAGAAGCAAUUGAGCGAAAUGGCGGACUUGAAAGUCAGGGCAUUUAUCGCGUUUCAGGUGUUCAAUCACAUAUUCAAAAAUUGCGGGCAUUAUUUGACAGAAACGCGGAAGCUGCAGACUUGAAUGCGGAAGAGUGUUUUUCAGAUGUCAAUAACAUCACUAGUGUCUUAAAACUAUGGUUUCGUGAAUUACCGGAUCCACUUUUUCCAAGAGAAAUGUAUCAAGAUUUUAUCAAUGCUGCAAAAACUCCUGACGAAAAAAAACGUGUUCUAGAACUACACGAAUGUGUUAAUAAUCUUCCAGAUCCAAAUUAUAGCACUCUAAAAUAUUUAAUGGGACAUUUACAUAAAAUUGUUCAGAAUCAAGAUAUAAAUAAAAUGAGUGUUCAAAACCUUGGAAUUGUGUUUGGGCCGACAUUGAUGGGCAGUCCCGCAAUUUCAAAUCCAGUAUCAUUACAAAAUUCAAGUUUACAAAAUUCAAGUACUGCACCUAUAGCACCCAUGCCCUAUGUUGCUUCAGAUGGCGGAGGGUUUAACGAUAUGGGUUGGCAAUGUAAAGUUGUCGAAAUUAUAUUGGAAAAUUACAUUGCUAUAUUUGUGUGA